AAGUUACAGCUCUUGUGUUGUAGGUGUAGCUAGCUAGUUACGUAUCGGAAAUAAAGUGCAAAUUCACAGUACCUACAUGUAUAGCUAUAGUUUUCUACUGAGUGAAAUAAGAUGCGAGCCUUUUAUGAAUUUGCCGCACAAUGUUGCACCGGAAGAGAUUGUACUUGGAGUUGAAAGGUUAACCUAUUAAUGGUAAAGUUAGCUAGCAUAGCUGCUCUGGAGGUUUGCUUUUAGCUUGCCCCAAACACCGCAAAAACAAUGUCAGCGUGUGAAGAAAAUACAGCAACGACCGUCCCAUCUGUGCUCAUCACAAGCUGCGACGGUGCUUUCAAGGAAGAAGAGCUAAUAAAACAGAUCUUGAAUACAAGCACUUUGCCAGAGCCAUCCAAACGAGAGGAAACAGUUGUGUGGUACCCAUGGACCAUCAACAACAAGUACUACACUGCAGAUGUCAGGCUGUGCGUCGUGCCAAGCACAUUCCAGAUGAAUUCAGAGAUUGCUCAGUCCAUGCAGGCUUUCAUAGCUUACUUUGACAGCACGGCGAAGGAUGGUUUGGAAAAGCUCUCUCCCUGGAUAUCGUUAGUGGAAGAUCUCGCUCCAGAGGUGCUCAUUCUGGUCUGUGACCAAGUCUGUGAAAAUGGGGUAACUAGACAUGAAGCACAGCAGUGGUGUUUGGCUCAUGCCUUUGAGCUGGUGGAGCUUAAUCCUCAAGAUUUGCCAGAUGAAGAUGAUGAUUUUCCAGAAUCCACUGGAGUAAAGAGAAUUGUCCAGGCUCUCAAUGCCAACGUGUGGUCUAGUGUGGAGAUGAAGGAUGAGCACAGUCAGGGCUUUGGUUUGAUGAGUAGUCUGGUGGCCUCGAGACACAACACCCGCAACUGCCAGGACCCACCAUCUUCCAGUCUGCCAACAGAGGGCGUACUUGACAGUGGGGAGGCUAACAGCACAGAGAGUGGCGACAGCACAGACAAGCAGGCAGACACAAUAGUUGAUCCAAUGACUGAUUUGGACAUCCAGGAACUCGCAAAUCUCACUGCUGGGGAUGCAGAUGUGGAAAACUUUGAACGCCUCUUCACCAAAUUGAAGGAAAUGAAAGACAAAGCAUCAUCAUUACCUCAUGAGCAGCGGAAAGUUCAUGCAGAAAAGGUAGCAAAAGCUUUUUGGAUGGCCAUCGGUGGGGAUGAAGAUGAGAUAGAGGGAUUAUCAUCAGGAGAGGAAAGCUAAUCAAAAAAAUAACCAGUGACUGAGUCGUCCUUCCUCCUGAUCCCUCAUACCUGACCUGGGACUCCUCCAAGAUCUAGCUCCCUUUGGCCUGUUUCUAGCACUGGUGAGGGUGGAGACACUGAAAGAUGGUACUGUGGUACUGUUUAUGAACCUUUGUCUCUUCAAAUGAAAUUAAUGCUAUACUGCUAUAUAAUGAAAAGCAGUUGGAUGUCCUUAUCAGGGACAGAAAGCCAUUUGGUGGAAAGGAAAGGCACCGUUGUGGGAGCCAACACAGCUCUGACCCUAAAUCCAGCCUCUUCCCUGGGUCCCUGGCUGCACUUUAGCCAAAUGAAUUUGAAGAUUUGGUAGUGAUACAGGUGGAAAAAACAUGAUAUAAAAUUGUGAGGGGUUUGUUUUCAAACCUCAAUAUAUUUGUCCUUUAUGUUUAGGUACAGUUGUCACAAUCAUAUUAAAGUGACAUGUGCCUUACCAUCAAAAGCAUUUGUAAUAAAUUUAGUGCACAUUCUGUAAAAUCAGCAUAAAUAAAUGAUUUUAAUUUCUUCUGCCGUU